AUGUCCCCCAAUUCAAAACCUCCCAUCGGGCUUGCAUGGAGGGCAGGAUACUGGUUUACUACUCUCGUUGUCGGAUGUGGAAUUGCCAUUGAUCUGCUAGUAUAUUCGAUUAUUAUCCCAGUUGUACCGUUCCAACUCGACAAGUUGGGAUAUGAAAACAUUUCCUCGCUCGCAGGGUGGCUUUUGUUCGCCUAUUCUGGUGGAUUGCUUGGAGGGUAUAGGUUCAGCUAUUGUCUGGACCGUCGGACUGGCCUUGCUGGCCGAUGCGACUCCCGAGCAGAGAGUUGGCCUCUUGUCCUCGGUCCUCCCUUAGGCGGUGCUCUUUACACCCGCUUCGGGUUUCGAGGACCAUUUGUUUUUGGCAUAGCAGCUUCGUUCCUUGACCUGGUCGGUCGCUUUCUGAUCAUCGAGCGAAAGGAUUCGAUAAAGUGGGGCUUCGAUCCACACUAUGUUAAAGGAGAAGUCGAUUCCGUAUCCGACUUACCGCCGUCAGAGAAGGCUGGUCUACCAUCUGUCCCAACCACGGUCCCACCCGAACCGACCAAUCGCGGUCAUGGCCAGGAAACCGCGACUGCGGAAGGCUCUGAGACUGUCGAGUCGUCAGGAGACACUCCUAAGCACAAGACGCUUCCAUUGGUGACUGUCAUUGCCAGACUUUCGAAAUCAUCGCGAGCGCUUGCAGCAUCAAUCAUCUUUACUGGCCUAGAGCCAUCCUUGCCAGUUCAUCUACAAAGGGUCUGGGGUCUAUCUUCAGGAGGCGUCGGGCUCGUUUUCAUUGCUGCCGUUGUCCCGGGGCUGAUAUCCUCACCGGCCACAGGUUACAUAUCAGAUAAACGAGGGGCCGAAUACGUUGCCACUGCUUGCUUCUUUUUGGCGAUCCCCUGGACUGUGGUUCUGAUGCUCGAGAAGGGCCUUGCCCUGAACAUUGAAGGGGUCGGAUAUGGACAUGUCUACGCCGCCUACAACUUGGCUUAUGCGGUUGGUAGUACGAAUGUACGAUAA